CGCGUGGGCCGAUUCAGAGAAAGUUAGACGUUUGUUUUGGCUGAAACGAAACUGAAAGAGUCGGGGAUGAACAGAUAGGGAGAGGACAGGCGAAAUGAGACAGAUCACUCAGAGGAGCGGAGAGGUGACACUGUGCAAGAUACUCAACACUUCAAACAUGAGCCUCCAGGUUUGCAGCUGCUGCGGCUGGUCCAAACAUACCACCUACCAAGGCCUGAGAACUCACCAAGGGAAGAUGGGAUGUACACCAAAGGGAAUGCGUAUCCCUGAGAGUCAACAAUAUGGAUUUAACAGUUACACUCGCAACCUUACCUACAAUGGACCACCAAUCAAAGUAGAAGAGCCACUGUGGAAUAUCUUCAGCUCCUCUCUCAACCCUGAUAGGGAACUUAACGUCUGGAAAAAUCAAAGGGAAGAAUCUCGUCAAAAAGAAAGCGCACCAGUUCCUUGGAUCACUCCAGUCAGAAAGGAGAAUGUGCCUGUGUCUCCAAACUUCACCUCCCAAAUCACUCCAACAGAAGCCACAGCAAUGUUCCAAUUAUUGCUGGCAUCUCAACAGCACUCUGUGCAAACACCGGCCACAAACUCAAACAACGCACUCCCGGCACUUGAUUUCACCAGCGCUGCACAGCCUUCGCUGACGCCAGUGUCACAGAUCAUCAGCACCCAAGCGAGUCCUGCACACACAGAGGUUACAGUGAAGGAAACACAGAAAUCACUGUUUGAAACUCCAGAGCGCUCCAGCACAACAUAUCAAACUACCACCAAUGCUCGCAGAGCGCUUGAUUUCACCAGCAACGUGCAGGUGGGGCAACUGGCCUGGGAUCUUCCAACCACCACUGCUCAGGAAACAGCAGUUCGACCAAAGGAAAGAGAGAAGGAGAAGGAGAGGGAGAGGGAGAUGGAGAGGGAGAGGGAGAGGGAGAGGGAGAGGGAGGCCCAGAAACUACAAAAGGCACGGCAAGACAAGAUAAAAGCUGAUUUACAGCAGAAAAUUCAGACCAGGGAGCAGAAGCUGGCUGAAGUCACAUCAUCUGUAAAAGCCUGCAAAGGGGACUUGGAUGCUGAAUGGCUGGAGAUCAACAGCGUGUUUUCAGAGGUGAUGAGAGUUGUGGAGGACGCUCGGCAGAAAGCCCUUCAACCUCUGGAGGAGAGGAGACAGAGAGUGAAGAGAGAAGCACAGGACAUGGUAAAGAAGCUGCAAAAGGAGAUUGACAAGCUCAAAAAUGCAAUCGAUGAGUUGGACCAAAACCCAGACUCACAGGUUUCUCCUGUACCAGGCCCGAAUGAACCUCGAGACUGGAAAAAUGUCACUGUUGACACUUCAUUCUCCUUCGGUAGCCUAAGAACUACCACAUCAAACAUGAUUAAACUAAUUCAACAGAAAAUGGAAAAACUCUCCUCUGUUGAGCUCAAGAGGAUUCCCACAUUUGCAGUGGAUGUAAAGCUGGAUGCAACCUCUGCACACCAAUGCCUUGUUCUUUCUCAAGAUGGGAAGACAGUGAGAGAUGGAGCAAAGAGCCAGAAAGGUCCUGAUGAUCCACGGAGGUUUGACAUGCACGGCAGCAUCCUGGGGCUCAACAAGUUGACAUCUGGGAGGUCAUACUGGGAGGUGGAGGUCAGCAACAAGACCGGGUGGGACCUGGGUGUGGCAAGACGCGACGCGAACCGCAAGGGAAAGCUCUCGCUGCAGCCAGCUAACGGCUACUGGGUCACCGUACACUAUGAAGAUGAUAAGUACGCAGCCCUGACAGCUCCACCUGUCAGCCUCUCACUGACGGCGAAACCUCAGAAGGUCGGGGUGUUCGUUGACUACGAGGAAGGUCUCGUGUCCUUCUAUAAUGUUACAGCUCAAUCUCACAUCUACUCUUUUACUGAGUGUUCAUUUGAUGAUGUGAUUUGUCCAUAUUUCAGCCCUCAUCUUAAACAAAAUGAGAAAAACUCUCAUCCUCUGGUGAUCUCUGCUGUAAACAAGCAGUAGUGGUUAAAUGAAGUGCAUGAAUUACUGGUGCACUGAAAGUCAGAAGUCAUUGUUCUGACAACCCAAAAUUCCAAAGCCCCGCUAGUCUGAAAAAUGGACUGAAAGCUAAUUUCUCUGGCAGCCUGUUAUCCCACAAGCAAACACCAAUUGGUCAGAAGUCCUGUUUCUCAGAAAAUACACACUCUCUGCAGCAAGACAGCCCAAUCAGCAGAAAAAAGUAUUUGCAUUAUGCGUUUCUGUAGAUCACGAUAAGUUACAUUUGUCGACAAGGCUGUGGUUAAUGUGUGGUUCGGUUUAGGCACAAAAACCACUUCGUUAUACUAGUUAAAAGAUCGCGUUUUUCUUUAAAUACCCACGUUUGGUGGCACAAAAGUUGCUGGAAAAGGUCAGUGAAAAACACCCGGGACCGGGGUUCAAAUGCUGCUGGGAAACACCACAAAAGGUCAACAAUAACACCCAAGGUCAGUGGCUAAAAUGAACUUAAAAAACGCAGCAAGGGGGCCAGUAAAAACAAAAGCAAAAACACCUGGGGUCAGGCCCAGGCAGCCAAAAUGACCUGGCCCGGAAUCGGCCUGAAGUCAGCAUGCUGGAUGAAAUUAGCUGGGCCAGGUCCGGUUGCUCGACUCGGCUGAGACUCGGCAUGAAUGAGGCCCCAGAAUCGGGCCAAAUCAGCUGGCUGGAUUCUGGCAGCCAACACUGCCAUCACUGGUGGGGCUCAAACGCCGUGGGUAAAUGCUGCGGAAGGUCGGCAAAAAUCAGUGGCUCAGAUGCCGCCGAGAAACACGGCAAAGGGUUGGCAAAAACACCCAGGACUGGUGGCUCAAACGCUCAAACGUUAACUUACUGCAGGGAGUGUGUAUUUUCAUAGAAACUGGACUUCAAGGCAAUGGGCAUUUGUUUUUGGUAUAACAGGCUUUUGAUCCAGCGCGCAAUUUUUCAGACUAGUGGGGCUUCGAGCCUCUGGGCUGUCGAAACAAAGGCCUAACAUCCAAACGCACUACGCAAUAUAAAUGUAUGAGUUCAGGUGUACAUGAUGUUUUAUGACACCACUGAAGGGUUUAAAUAGGGUUUUCUGGCCUGGUCAUCUGAGGCGUUUGGAAAUUGUUAAUGCAUCCAGGUUUAGGCUUUCUUUUCCUUCCUAAAUCAGACAUUCCCACUUAUACAUUAAUGAAGAGGUGUUUUUAUUUUUCAGUUUUAUUUUAUGUGCUAUAUAUUUCUUAAUUUACAAGAUUGCUGGCAGCUUGAAAAAUGAAGUCAAAAUGUUUAGAAAACAAGAAAAUGCAUUUCCUUGUCUAAAAUAUAAGGAAUGAUAAAGUUCCGCAUUGUAGUAAAGUUGAAAUUGUACACUGUGGAAAAUCUACUGUCACAAAUAAAAGCCCUGCAUUAUAAAUAUUACUGUAGUAAAAUUAAUAAUUAUAAUUGGGAACAUACCCUUAAAGGAUUAAAAGUCAAAGCUCUCAAUGCAGAAAAUUGUCCCUUCUGUCUGUUACAUUAUUAUAUACUAUGUCAGAUUAUUCUACGAAUGCAUUAAUGUAAAACAGGAUUUUAUUUUUGUAGUUGAUUUGUGGGUAAUUUUUUACUAUUUUGUGGGGGUUUUUUGGGUUUGAUAUUUUAAAUGUCUAACGAUGUUAUAAUUUCAUGUUAUGUGGAUGUUAAUACUAUGAUGUUUGCAGAAUGUUUGCAGACAUAGGGUCUCAUUCAUGAAAAUCUGUGAGCAGAUUUGCACAUAAAAAACUUGGUACUUAGAUUCAUUAACGGCAAUCAAUCGUAAACUGACAGCGCGCUACUGCUUGUCAGCACUUAGCAUACACCCCGCCCAUUAAUAGCCAGUGAGCACCAUAUAUGGAGGUGAUAAUCACUAUGGAAGCUGACACUGAAGUUGUUAUUUCAGGUGAAGUAAGGCUGAGAAAAACAUUUUAUUUCUUGUUAGUAGUGGUGUGACAGGGACAGAUAAAUCAAAGGCCUGGAAGGAGGGUGCCGUUAAUCCUGUGUCAUCUGUUGUAAGAAUCAUCCAAAACGUUAAACGAAAAUGAGUCAACAUUAAACUUGAUGCAAAAAGGCACAAGUACGCAAAAAAAAAUGCAACAGCUACAGGAGGCUCUUCCCAGUUUGUCAGUUCUGUUCUGUCAGUUUGCCCUGAGCCUCGGCAGUCUUUGUCUCUGUUGUGAAAUCAAAGCACUAUGAAACAUCUUAAUACAGGCAGUCUAAUGUGGGCAAUAACCCAGCGUUAAGUUUAACAACAAGUAAGAUAGUGUGGCGUAAAACCACACCGUCUCACUCCAAUUCUUUGCCAGAUUCAGGUUCACCAGCUGCCCGGUGUGAGCGGAGACACACGCCGAACUGCUUCCCCACGUCCACAGGUCUUAUUAAACUAAAACUCAAUCUGAAAUAAUGUUUAUUAAUUAAUUGUUGAUUAAUUCAGAGAACAGCGUUUUAAAAUUUUCUAUUAAGUCAAUUUAAAUAACUCGCUCACGUUUUUAAGAACCCUAAUCUGAAGCUUAAAUCUGCUAAAUGCCAACUAAUUUAACCAAGUGUGUCAUAUUUCUAAUCUCGUCAUGUUUAACUGACAUGUUUCAAAGGCAUCUGUGUAUUGUGAACCUAACAGAGCACAAUACGAAUUAAUGUAAUUUCUGAUAAUGACAAGCAACAUUUAUAUGCAAUAUCUCAUUUACACAAGUACUACGAGCAGUCAGAAGCAGGUGUAGGUUCUGUUAGUACCUAUGAAAAGAUCAGAGCCACUAACAUAUUGAUGAAUGCUGAAAUACACGUCCAUUUCCAUCUGCGAACAGUUUACACACCUAUUCGUUCUGCUCAUGUUUCGUGAAUGAGACCCUAUGGGUUUUGGUCUCCAUAGCUUACGACUAAACGUUAUUCUAUUUCAAGAUGACGUUAGCAUAUGUUGUUUGGAAGACGGUGGAUUUGGUUACGUAAUAAUACAAUAUAAAACCAACAAAAACUAAAUAUGCCAGUUCACUGGUGUUACAAUAUGUUUUAUUACGAAGUGAUAAUACAUGAAUAGAACUUUUUACCUGUAUUAAUCAUGGGUUUGUUGAAAAUAAAAGAAUAAAAAUGUUUAAAGUUG